ACACGUGUUCUGGUACAAAUAGCUACGUUGGGACAGUUUGUUCCCCCACGAAAAAAGUAAAAGAAUGCCACAGAAAGCAUUGACCACGGACACUUGAAAAUCCGGACAAAAAACGCAAUGAGGGCGUUGAGUCACCUUAAACGCUUUCAGGUUGCUGUAAGUGGAAUCUCCUUUACAUGCUUCUUUGUCCUGGGUUUUCGUGCUUUGAUGUAUUCUAAACUUUCAUGUGGGGCUACUGUUCCGCUGACUCUGACCCCGGCCGUCGGGUUACUGACCCUGUUUGUUCUCGGAAAUGUGGUGGAAGGAAAUGAGCUAUUCUUGCAUCCGUCGGUAUAUAUUUGGGGUUAGCAAAUGUUUCUGGACAGUUAGAGUCUUGGAGCACCGAGAGACAUCGUUUCAUCUCCAGUCCAACUGAUUUCUGACCCGUGUUUCCAAGCAUGGAAAUUUUAGAGUCCAACAAAGGAGGUGACAAACUGUGCGUGGGUGGUUACCUGUAUACGAAACACAAGCCAGUGGCCUCGGGGACCCGCUGGCGCUGUGUCAGGCGGCGCACUGGUUGCAAAGGAGCUGUGGUGUGCAGUGGAGAGGGUGGAGACGAUUGCAGGGUGAGCGCAUCUCACGACCAUCCACCCGACAGCGGCGCCGUCAACAUUGCCAAGGCUCGGUGCAGGAUGAAGAACAUGGCGAUGUCAUCGACAGAACGGCCAGCUGCAAUUGUUGCUCAAGCCACCGUGUGCCUUACUGCUGGGGAGAAGACAUUGCUCAUAUGCGAAGACAGCCUGAAGCGAUGUGUUCGUGCUCAGAGGUCUUCGAUUUAUCCACCUCAACCAGCGUCCCUCCGUGAGCUUAUAAUCGAUGGUGACUGGGCAUUGACGAGUGGCUCCACCCCAGAACGUUUCUUGAUCUAUGACAACGGACCCGACGCGGAGAACCGACUCGUUGUGUUCGCGGCAGUAAGUGGGCUCAGGCUUUUAAGUGAGAGCACGUUAUGGUUCAUGGACGGGAACUUCGAUGUUGCCCCGAAGCUAUUCAAACAGCUUUAUUUCAUUUUAGCUCCUCUUGGAGACAGCGCUGUAUCAGUUGUGUACGCUUUCAUGACGUCAAAAACGCAGGAAGCGUAUGAGGAACUUUUUCAAGCCGUCGUCGAUGCGUGCAGUGCCCAGGGUAUGAUGCCCUCACCAGAUGUUGUCAUCACGGACUUCGAAAAAGGCGCCAUGAACGCAGUGAAGGCCAUCUUGGGUGAAGAAGUACAAACAAGAGGCUGCUUCUUUCACUUAUGUCAAAGUACGUACUCAAAGAUCCAGCAACUGGGACUGGCUUCGAGGUAUCAAGACGACGAGGAUUUUCGUCACUUUAUCGGCAUGCUGGAUGGCCUGGCCUUCCUUCCCCUUGAUGACGUUGAGGCAGGGAUGAACUUCGUGAAGGCCGUCGCUCCAGAAGGGGUGGAAGCUGUUAUCGCAUACUUUGAUGAGACGUACGUGAACGGGACAUACCGACACGUUGGAAGACUAGACGAAAACCCCCGGAUUCGUCGCACACCACCUCGGUUUCCACCGGAAGUGUGGAACGUCCAUGAAGCUACAUUGGAAGGUGGCGCCAGGACGAACAACCACUCAGAGGCAUGGAAUAGAAGAUUCAGCAGUCUGGUAGGCCAUUCCCACCCCACAGUAUGGCGAGCAAUAGCCACACUGCGCCUGGAGCACUCAGCGGUAGAAGGAAAGAUGACGCAGUCACUAGCCGGCGCUCCACCCGCAAAGAGGCAAAGGACCACCACCCUACAGUUGCAGGAAAGGCUUCGACGUCUCUGCCAAGAUUUUGUAGACGACAGGAGGACUCUGGAAAGCUUUCUGAGGGGUGUGGGACACGCUGUGCGUUUGCGUGCUCGCACAUAA